AUGGAUUUGUCAAAUAAUACGGAACGACCAUUUCCUCUGGGUACCGAAUAUAAAAAAUAUCGAAAUUUAAUUAAAGAAUGCUUCAUGCCUGACAGCGGCAACCACAGUCGAGUCCUGGGCGCCAAUUAUACUGAUUUUGGAAUCAUGUGCCCGAAGACAUUUGAUGGACUGUCUUGUUGGGAUCCGACACCUGCCGGUGCUAUGGCUUUUCAAAAUUGCCCAGACUUUGUCAUUGGAUUCGAUUCUCGCCGCCUGUCAUAUAAAAGUUGCACCGAGAAUGGAACCUGGGCCACACACCCACAGGGAGACACUCCUUGGUCAAAUUACACCACGUGCGUGAAUAUAGAGGACCUUAACUUCAGGAGUUUAGUGAGUAACAUCUAUGUCACGGGCUACGCAAUAUCUAUAAUCACACUAUUGCUCUCGCUGUCAAUAUUCUUUUAUUUUCGGUCGCUACAUUGUACAAGAAUCAAGAUACAUAUACAUCUUUUCAUAUCAUUUGUUAUCAAUAACAUACUUUGGAUUAUAUGGUACCGGCGCGUAGUGGAGAUAGUCCACGUGGUGCAGAAUAACUUGGUUUGGUGUCAGAUGCUGCACAUCGUUAUUCACUAUUUCAUGGUGGCCAGCUACAUAUGGAUGUUUUGCGAAGGACUUCACCUGCACCUCUCCCUGGUCAUUGUGUUUAUCAGGGACGACCUGGCAUUGUUCUGGUUCAAAACCAUCGGCUGGGGUCUUUCGCUCGUCAUUGUGGUAAUUUACGCUUCUGUACGAUACACCACGCCCGGCGCCACCGAACGUUGCUGGAUGGAUUACAGUGAGAUAUUCUGGAUUAUAAGCGCUCCGGUAUUGACAUCUUUGGUCGCGUCUACGGUGUUCCUGAUUAACGUCAUUCGCGUUCUUCUGACUAACGUACGCCCAACAUGCAAUAGAAGCACGACUAUUGCCGCUAAAAAGGCAACUCGAGCUACCCUGAUAUUGAUUCCCCUUUUCGGCCUGCACUACAUAAUGAUGCCCCUGCGCCCGGCUUCAGGCACCAUCGGUGAGAAGAUUUACGACGUUAUCUCCGCCAUUGUCACCAGCUUGCAGGGAUGUAGCCUGGCUAUACUGUUCUGCUUCACCAACCAUGAGGUAUUGAUGGCUAUUCGGAACCGGUACAAGCGCUACAGGAGGGGCAAUGAAAUCAUCGCCUUAACUGGUGUGACUGUUGGUGACAGCUUGGCGAAUACACGCGAAAACAUCUUGUAAACCGUUACACUAUAGGUGGUGUAUCCACGUCUGACGAAACAUUUUAUUGCUCAUAAUAGACUAGCAAAUAAAGACAACUUCAAACAGUAAACAUUAUUGUAUGAUAAUUAACCUAAUAAUCAAAAUGUCCCGGAAAUUAUAUUAGUGUGAGUUCUUAACCAAGAUGUAACUACAAUUUUGGCACCAGAUUUCAAACAUUUAUAAGUCCAUGGCAGAAUGACACAGCGCUCUGUUUGAAAUAUCUUUCUUAUAUGUUUAUUUAUUGUUGUUAAAUUGUAGUAAUUAAAUAUUAUAGUUAUUGAAGUUCUAUGUGUUUUGAAUCUGAAAUUAGAAUUCAGAUCAAAGUUUUUAGAUUUUGUGUCUGUAUGUCUAUUUUGCGUAAUUAACAUUACGAUUAUAUUUAAUUAAAGUCGUAGAACGCCUCGGAUCUUGAAUUUUUUCGAGGCGGGGCAAAAUUUUAAAAAUGCCGCCCCCACCCACCUAUGUUUUUACUUUUUUUAUCAUCAAUAUUAUUUCGCACCCAGUGGGAAAUAAUUUUAGUAUUGAAUGUGCAGGAUGUCUCCGUAGUCAAAGUUGCGUUAAUGAUGAGUCGCCCGGGGCAUGGGCCCCAGCUAGCUCCCCCUGCCCUCUUAGAUCCGGGGCUGGUAGUAUGUAGAGCGGCUAUCCAAGACUCAGUGGUUAUAG